AUGCUCUAUCCUCUCAAUGAUUCAGUUGAGACCCCGCCGGUGAAAUUAUUUGCCAAGAUCAACGUCCGACAAGGCGGAGCUCAGCUGUUCAACGUGCUGUACGGCGAGACGAGUUUGUGCUUCGAGGUGGACAACGCGACUUUGGGCUGCUCUGCUAUCAGAAGCACGCGGUCGCAGAUUCAGAUUCAACAGCUUGGGAGCUUUUCAGUUCGGGCGUAUUUGAGCGACGUCAGCAGCGCUGAGGAACCUGUUGGACAGCGAUACUGGCUGUCCCCUGCAGUAGGAUUUACUGUGAUGGAAGGCUCCGAGUUCACUGAUCAUCUGGAUAUGCGCACACAAGCCAGAAGGAAUCGGCUGCGUGAAGGCUACGACUUGUCCCUCCUCGAGUGGGCGACACUGCAGCAAUCACAGCGAGAUGAAAGCCUACUGAAGGCUCUUGAGCAGAAUGAGGCGAUUCGCGAGACUUGGGCGAGCAAAGACGCACUACCUGAUGGUGUCAAUGUCGUCUUUCUGGGGUGUCGGCCUAUAGCUCGCGUGGAUGAAGGUUCAAGAUUGAAUUCGGACGAGAACGACUGGGAGCGGCGACGUCUACGAGACGCUAUUGCGCUGGAGCAACUGAUGUACGGUGACUUGCUAACACACGAACUCGAUUGUGACGAUACGUAUCUCGAUCUCGCAAACAAAGUGAAGGAAUUCUACCACGUAGCAGCCAAGCGGUUUGCUCAUGCCCAGUACGUGAUGAUUGCCGACGAUGACGUUUACGUCCGCGCAGAUAUGCUGACACUGAUCGACCUUCGCCCCGGCAGUAGUAACCAGCUCUUUGAAACUCUGUACGAAGGAGGGAGUCUCUGCAUCGAGGUCAACGAGGAGAUUGUCCACUGCUCCCCCAUCGACCAGUCGACAUUUUGGUUUCAUCACCUCGGCAAUUGUACCGCCCGAGCUUUCUUGGUGCGUUCGGGAUCGUUCAAACUGGAGGAUCGAGGAUCGUAUCCUCAAUCGUCUCCUGUUACGUUCACACAAGUGAAUAACACAGAGUUCAACGCGCACAUUGCCCAGGAGAUUGAGAAAGAUGACAACGGGAUCCAGAGCUACGGUCCAGGGGAUAAGGCAGCAUCUGACCCGAUGCUUCUGGUAGGCGUGAGGACGGCGGUCGUGUCUAAUUUCCCCUUUCGACAGGCGAUCCGAGAGACAUGGGCGAGUAAAUCCGUUCUACCUCAAGGAGUCAAGGUGGUUUUUCUGGGAUGUCGACCGCACGCGUCGCGAGCUGGCGGAGAUUCUUACAACUCUGGAAUUUGGGAGUCUGUGGAGCUGGAGAAGCAGGUUUACGGCGACCUAUUGACGGAUGAGCUGGGUUGUGAUGAUGCGUACGGCCGCCUUGCAGAUAAAACGAAGGAGUUUUUCCACUUUGCAGCGACUCGAUUCCCGGACUCUCAGUACAUCAUGGUGGCAGACGACAACUUGUACUUCCGUCUGGAUAAUAUCGCUGCGUGGCUGAAGCGCUUGGGUCCGCUUCGUCGCUUCUACGUUGGUCACGUGCGCGCUCUACAAAGUAUCGCCAAAAUCCCGCCGAACAGGAAUCCUGCCCCGCGCCACUACCUCCCUUACGAGCAGUAUCCGAUGCGUGAACUGCCGCCAUUCGCUCUAGGAGCCAACUUCUUCCUGUCGAUGGAUUGUGUGCGCUUUGUGUCCAAGAAUCGCCAUCGCCUGCGCGAUUUAGGCGGGAUGGACGACAUAUCGACUGCUCUGUGGAUGCUGUCGCUGCAGGUUCAUCCGAAGCACUUGACUGGGCUGGACCAUUUGAACUGGGGGCCAUGCACAGAUGAUCUCGUAGCUUUGAGCGACUUGACGGUGUCAGCUAUUCGCGUGAUUCACGAUAAUGUGUUGUCUGGGAGGCGCUUUUGCCACGGAUUUCAGUGGAACGUCUGGAUGAGGAACGACAUUGGUGCGCCGUCGAAAGGGCCACUGCCGUUCUCGCGGGAGUCAUUAAGAGUUGAGCUUUCUUCUCGGAAUUUACAGGAGGAAACGGGAAAGCUGGAGGUCGAAGCUACGGUCUCCACUCCAACUCGUGCUGGUUUAAAGAUGGUCUAUCUUCCGGUCGAAGAGGAAAUUGAGGAAUUCGCCGAGCGCGUCUGCGUGCAGGCUCGACUUCGAUUCCCAGGAGCUACAGACACUUCAUGCUCAGAGAUGGUUCAGUCAGAACUCCUGCUUUGGUUUGAUCAAAUGAAGACGUCUCGAGAAAACGAGAGGAGUAGUGGUCACACAUAG